AAACAUAAGUUGUAAACAAACGAGUACAACAAAAUCGUCAGUGUCGGUGAUAAGUUAUUAUUAAAUUAGUUAAAAUAAACAUAUUAAGUGAAUUGUACAUAUUUUUAAAAUGUUGGUGAACAAUGUUAAAACCAUUAAGAGUGGGAAGCAACGAAUGAGUGAUCAUCAGAAAGGCUUGCUCGUUUCGUACAUGCAACGCCACCCGUAUUUUGCGAAAACAGGUCUUUGUCCCGGGUCUCAAGAUCGCCAAAUGGCCAAAAAAAUGUGGGACAGAGUAACAAACUUACUGAAUUCUGGAGGUCCUGCUCAGAAAUCAAGUUCAGGCUGGAAGCAGACAUGGGCGGACAUGAAAUCUCGAGUAAAAUUAAAAGCAGGUGAAAUACAGCAAGCACAAAGAACUGGAACUGAGGUUCCACUUCAAGGAUCAUCUGGUCAAGCGGCUCACCUGAAUGAAACCGAAGAAGCAAUCUAUGGUCUCCUAGGCGGAACUGAUUGGAUUGGAGCGACUGAAAAUGGAAUGGGGACACACUUCGUCAGCGUAAGCAAUCUCACCGACGAGCAGUCUCCCACCUCAUCCCUGGACCUCAUGGAUGAUGAAGGAGCUGUGCACCUACCUCGUGUCGACUUUGUCUCAAGACUGGAAACAAACCCAGUCAAAAUUAAUCGUUUCAUCCUCCCGGCAUAUCACAAUCAAACAGGAGAUAGCAAAAACCAAAUGCCCCUCACCAUCACAUAUGAGCAGUUCCAUAGUCAGUCAACAAAAGAAAGCUCCUCUUCCUCAUCAAGGCCACCCUCAGCGCCUGCAAGGCUUAUGGAACCAGCAAAGAACGGCUCUUUCUGUUUCACAUCACAAUCUGGCCAAGCGCAGUUUUUUCAGCUGCCACCCUCUACAAGUUCCACACAUUCACCUACUCUCUCUCCGCAAAUGCCAUCAUUUAAUUAUGUGUCCUCAACUCCAUCAUAUAGUAAAAAACAUCCUGUGGAUGAUGACCAAAAGUCUGAUAAUGAUGACAACGACGACUCAGAUUUUCGGAAACCAACUGGAAAAAAAAAAAGAAAAAUGACCUCAGUUUAUCAAGAAACAACUGAACUGUAUGCAAAUGAAUGUAAAGAAAUGCGAAAUGCCACAAUGCUGGGAAUCGAGGCACUAAAAAGUUUGAAAGAUAGCAUUGAACUGCAAACUGCUGCAAUAAAAGAAAUGACACAUGCAAUUAUGGGACUUUCAGCUGCUGUAACGAAUGGUUCCCUGACACACGCUCCCGUUGGCCUGUCAUGAUCUCAAAUCCAGAACCCUGGUUGUUUGUCAAUUCUCCCUGUCAUAAUCAAUUUAAUGAAAUCGAAUUGAAUGGAGUAAAACAAUGCUAUUGAGUGUAGUUAGAUUCACAUGAAGAACAACAAUGUGAUUCUUUUGGUUUUCUGCAUUUUUAGUAUACAUACUACGUACCGAAAUAGGGCUCAUAAAAAUUUAUAUCGCAAAAAAAAUCCCUUAAUUUGAGGAAGCAUUUUAUUCUUUGUUCAUAAUAUAUUUUACACAUUCAAUCAAAUUGUUAAAUCAGUUUGAAUAUACAUGUAUCCAAAAUCAGAGCUGCUUAUCUACAGAAUCAGCAACUAUUACUAAUUACUCCUCACAGAAUUGGCUUUAUGUAGGUAUGUAUGUCUGAACAUAUUUAUUUAGUUCUGCUCAGCUUUCUGAAUUUUAUUAUUCUUUCCUACUUUGGUCUAGUUUUCAUGAGCCCUAUGUGUUAAUAUUGGUCUCUAGCACAACAUUUAUGAACUGGUUAUCGACCUGAAGUUUAAACUUUCCGUAGUGUUUAAGAUUCUCAAGUGCCUUUUUUUUUUAAAAAUUUUUACUCUAGAAUAUCAAUUUUUCUAAGAGUGCUAUUUUUUUUUUUUUUUGAAGUAAGUACCUACCAGAAAUCCAAAAUUCCUAGCAAUUAACUUUUGAAAGUACUUGUCUCCUUCACGGAUAUUUAGCAAAUUGAAAUUGCCUUUUCUCAUACUGGCAAAUACUAAAUUACCUAAGUGUCAUGCAAGCAGUUUUUAAAUACUCUCUCCUCUGGUACAAUUUUUACUGACAUCAUAAUUUUACACCUAAACUGGUGCCAAAAAGAAAACUAUAUUAUGUAUUAUCCUUGAACUUGACUUUUUGCCAAGUGCGUUUUCUCCUUAAAAUUUUGCUGCCAAUUUCAAGUUUCACAUGAGGCAAUGCAGGUGGAUAUGAAGAUAACCUUAAAGAUGACGUUUUUCUUUUCACACAGCAAUCUGAGUGUCAUUACGCAACAAGAAUACAAAAAUUAAAAGAAGGGCUUUUUUCUUCAUUUUGUAAAGUGGCAAGAAGACACCAUUCAAAUAACAUUGCAAAUAUUUCUUUCCUUAAAGCUUUCAAAUUGUUAUACAUCGCUAUUUCAAAAUUCCUGAGAAUAAGAACAUUCUUUUCCCCCCAAUUGAGGGGUUGGGUGCAGAAAGGACAUUUCUUGGUUGCGCUGUUUCAGAAUUCUCAAAGCUAAUUUAUAUUUCAAACAGGAAACUGUUGGAUGAAUUUUCUGAAGUUUUUUGUUUCCAGCAUUGUAAAACCAUAAAGAAAAUUCAGUGUCAGUUUCAAAGAAUUCUGUACAUUUGCUUUAAUUGUAACAGAUGAAACCUUAGCAGAAGUUCUGAGACAUCGCAAGCAAGGUAUGCCUAUCUGCACUCAGCGCUUCAAUUAAUGGUGCCGGUAUUAAGACAUCAACUAUGCAAACUGCAGUUUUGAACUGAUAAACUAAAUAUCUGUGGGCAUGAUAGCUGUAACAAUUCAAACCCAUAGACUGUUGUUGAGCGAAUCGUAUGUUUACCCAAGCGCAUAGCUAUGUAAUAUGAGAGGGCUGGUUUUCCUUUUUCCGUUUUAUUCACAAACAGUAUCUACCCUCAUCAAUAAUUUGCUAAAUGAUAUUGUUUCUGCAUCACGCCAACUAUCGCAUCGUCAGCGGUCUCAAAACUACUUUUUGAAUGUAUCAAAAACGGUAUUGUCAACAUCGAAAAAAAAAAAAAAAAAAAAAAAUCAUGGGAAUCGGGAAUUUUUGAGUAACUGAUGAAAACUGAAUAACAUUUUUACAUGAAGAAUUUGCAAUGUUACUUGUAUGGGGUCUUCAUUGUGUUUCGGUCCUUUUUUUCUUAUUCUUUGUCCAUAUUCGGGCACGUAUAGAUGAAAUAAUGAUACAUAUAAAGCUUCAUCGUAGUUUUUUGUUUCUUUCAGAAGUUUGUUUUGUCUCUUAUAAUUUGUACUCGAUUCAUCUAGAGUGAUUCACCUAGCUUAUGAAACAAAUAAAAUAAAUGGCAGAAGGUUUAUUGAUGUCCUACUCAUGUGAUAUCAUUACUACUUCAAAAAAAUUUCUCAAAUGAUUUAUUUUAAGGUAAAAAAGCUUAUCGGUAAUUGAAUACCCACCCAGAGUAUGUAAUGAUUUUUUGCAAUUCUUAAAGGUUGGUAGGUGAAGAUAGCGCCGAACAGAUUUUGUCAAGCUUAACAUUGUGCUGUAUGCAUAUUUCCACCUUGAUUGCAUAUUGACUUUUAAGUAAUCCUUAUUUUUUUCAUUAUGUAUGUAAAUACCUAAGUAUCAUGAGCUCUGUCGCCCUUUGACCUGGAAUUUUAAUGAUCAGAAUGAGAACGAACGGUAUUGCAUUAGAACUGCCUGUAUAAUUUUUUAGAAUUUAUAUUUUUCAUUGGUGAUGUUAUCAAUCUCAAAUAAAGUUUCUUUUUCAGAGAAAUUAAUUGUAUUAAAAGAACAGGGAGGGAAGAUAAAAUGAUAGGUAACCGUCAAAGACUGAGUUCGGAAAAAAAUCCUUCAAAAGUCCGUUUAAACUGUAAGCUAUGAAUUCCAAUUGGAGGUUACUUAAAACAAAGUGAAAAGUUUUCCGCCUUUUAAAACUUUUAUCUGUGCCUGUACAAUUUCAUCUAUGUUUUAAUCAGUCCAAAUAGUUAGAAUCCUCUCAUUGAGUUUCUAGGUUUCUGAGAUUUUCGUAAAUUCUGUAGCCUCUUAUACUUUUCUCUCUAGCUAUCAUAUAUAAGUAUUAACAUCAAGCAGGAUAUGUGCGCAGUGGUGUUUAAAUAGUUUUUCCAUUAUUUGCUGCAUUGCAGGUCAGUACCAAGGCCCACACCAACACUGUUGUAAUACCAAUCGAUGUAACUUUAGAGAAUAUUGUGGGUCUUUGUGUAAUGAUUGGCCAUACUAAAAAUUGAGUUUCGACUUCUGAAAUUUGUCCCUCUUCCUAGUGUCACCUUCAAUGGGUUUAUCUUUUUCAUUUUUAUUGCUCCUUAACUCAUCAUUUUUGUGUAGCUAAAAUUUUGUCGAUACCGCAAAGAUAACAGACUUUUUCUUCGAAAGCAUGUAAUUUGUUGCUCUCUAUAUGGAUUUACCAUUCUCUCACUUGUUAUCAUAAGAUUUUUCAUCAGUAUUUGUUCCUUUCCUUUAAUUUUUCUCCGUUUUAGAAAGAAAAAUUUAUGUAUUUAUUUUGUGUAAAUUCUUUACUUUAAGCUGUCGUAGUAAAAAUUCCAUAAUUUUUAAUCAGUGUAAAAAUGUUUCCACUGAUCUUAGAAAAUUAAUUAAAGAGCUGAAAACUACCCGAGCAUUUUAAUACGGUAUUUUCUAGGGUUAAACGGUUAGAAUGUAGAAGUGUUAUCUAUGGGUCAAGAUAACCCCUUUUUUCUAUUCAGUUUUCCCAGUCAUAACUAUGCUGGCACCGCCGCCGAGUUACUUUUGGAAACGAUUUUAUGGAGGAAAAAAGGUCUUAUUUUGACCCACGGAGUACACCCCUGUAGUGUGGUCUUCCUGUUUAAUCUCGAGAAAUUCUGUUUAAUAUUGUAAAAGUUGGUUAGACCCUCGUUUUUUAAGCAAUCCUCUUACAACUAAGGACUUAAAAAUUGUGCUAUUAGAAGUCAGCUCUCUAUGAACUUCCUACCAGAGCUCGAAAAAUCCAUUUUUGUGUAAUUUAGUAGUAGGUACUGUUUUCCCAAUCCCCUGAAAGACAAAGUUGUAAGAUAGCAAGACUACUGAAAUUCGGUCGCAUCCAUUUUUUGUGAAAUAGAUCAUUCAGAGUUUAUCUCUGAAAAUGAUGAGUCGCAGCAUUCUCGAAUAAUUUUAUAAUUACUUUUUUUUUAAAAAAAAAUUAAUAAUAAUCAUCAUAAUAAUGAUGGUCUGCAUAAGCUGUUAUUUUAGAAGAUAAAUACAUAUAACAGUCAUAGAAGCAAAUGUGUCAGCAUUUUUCGGGAUUGCGCGACUGGAUAUGAAACUAGUCAAUUGUGCUGUGCUAAAAUAUUUUGAAAAUUAUUUGAUUUCCCCCUCUUUUCUAUAGGUUCAAAUGUAUAUAGUCCUCUUUACUUUUUCCAUCCUUCAUCAUUCCAUAAUAUUUUCAAAAAUAAAUUGUGCAGACAAUGUGGUUGUUUUAGUAACAUUCCAUUCAUUACUGAACAUUAUCUGUUAUGUUCAGUAAUGAAUGAUAAGUUAGUGAAACAUUCCUUUUUCUCAUAUCUCAGUUUAUACUCAAAUUGGGUUUUUUAAACUCAGAAAAGAAAAAAAAUCAACCGAAAUCUCCUGCGACUUUGAAAGGGUUUUUAUGUGUAAUUCCAUAUUUUUUCAGUCCUUUCCCUUCAUUACUUUAUAGUAAAAUACUACUACUAUUACUAUUACUACUUUUACUUUACAGUAGUGGAAAAUGUAUAAACCUAUGUUUGGCACAAUACAUUAUUUUUUUUAUGUAAA